UUCCGCGCGCAUUCUGUCCGAUUCGCGGGCGGAACAAUCCCCGGCCCGUGCAAUAAUCGCAGUCGUCGUCGUCGUUGUCGUCUGCGCCGGCCGGUCAUGAUCCACUAUCCACGCCGUCAACCUCGUCGGCCGUGGCGUCGUUGUUAAUUAGUUGCAGUUACGCUGUUGCUGUUCUUGUUCAGGUAGCAUUAGUUAUUAUCCCGUCGUCGGCCAGAUCUGCCGCCAUUGCCGCGCGUUGUCCUCGAGCUGCUGGUCGAUCAGAUCGAUCGGAGCCGCCGGCCGGCCGGAGGACAGGAUCGAGAGGCGGCUAGCUUUAAGAGAAGGGGGAGAAAUCAAAGAUAUAUAGCAUGGGGCGAGGAGCGCGCGACGACGACGGAUCCCCCCGAUGGCGAUGCUCUCCCUGAAGCUGAGGGCCAUCCUCUUCCCCUUCCAGAUGGAGCCCCGCCGCGAGGAGCUGCUGCAUGAGCUAGGGGACAUGUGGGACGAGAUCGGGGAAGCGGAGGAUGACCGGCGAGGGACGCUGCAGGCGCUGGAGGAGGAGUGCCUCAACGUGUACCGCACCAAGGUGGAUCAGGUCCGGCAGCACCGUGCGCAGCUCAAGCGGGAGAUCGCCGACUCCGUCGCCGAGGUCGCCGUCAUCUGCGCCACCAUCGGCGAGCCGCCCUCAACCGUGCACACGGCAUGCUCCUCGCUCCAGGGCACAGGGAGCCUGAAGGAGGAGCUGGGCCUGAUCGCGCCGGAGCUGGCGGAGAUGCGGCGGAAGAGGGAGGAGAGGCGGCGCCAGUUCGCGGACGUCACCCAGCGCGUCAACAGGAUGCAGGAGGAGAUGAACCUGCUAGUCGGCCAGCCGAAUGCUCGCGCCGCCGCCGUCGUCGUCGACGGCUCCGACCUGACGACGACCAAGCUCGACGAGCUCAGAGCCUACCUGCACCACCUGCAGCAGGAAAAGGAAAGUCGCACCAAGAAAGUGGCGGAGCUCAUGGCUCAGCUGCACUCGUCGUCCUUGGUUCUCGGCAUGGAUUCCAGAGAGACGACCAAUGUCGUCGUCAAUGGCGGCGGCGUGCAGGUGCAGGCCGGCGACAUCAGCGACGGCGCCAUCGCGGGGCUGGCUGCGGGCAUCGAGAGGCUUCGAGAGAUCAAACGGAGUCGAAUGGAGAAGCUGCAAGACCUGCUUGGGAGCAUGCUGGAGCUAUGGAACCUGAUGGACACGCCGGCGGAGGAGCAGCGGCGGUUCCAGGGCGUGGCGUGCAACAUCGCGGCGUCGGAGGACGAGAUCACGGAGCCCGGCGCCCUGUCCAUGGACUUCAUACGCAACGUGGAGGCGGAGGUGGUGAGGCUGGAGACCCUCAAGGAGUGCCGGAUGAAAGACCUCGUCGUGAAGAAGCACGAGGAGCUCAUGGAGAUCCGCCGCCGCGCGCGCCUCCCGGAGCCGGAGGACGACGACGCUGCCGUCUUGCUGCUGGACGCCAUCGACAGCGAUGCUGAACGGGCUGUGAUCCUGGAGCGGCUGGAGGUGCAGAUCUCGGAGGCCAAGGACCUCGAGUUCAGCCGGAAGGACGUGCUGGAGAAGAUGGACAGGUGGCAGGCCGCGCUGGAGGAGGAGUCCUGGCUCGAGGAGUACAGCAGAAACGAGAACAGAUACAACGUCGGCAAAGGGACGCAUCUCGUGCUCAAGCGCGCCGAGAAAGCGCGCUCCUUGGUCAGCAAAAUGCCGGCAAUGGCGGAAGCUCUGAUGGCGAAGGUGGUUGCGUGGGAGAAGGAGAGGGGCGCCAAGUUCGAGUACGACGGUGAGGUGCUGCUGGACAUGCUGGAGGACUACGGCAACACGAGGAAGGAGAAGGAGCAGGAGCGGAAGCGGCAGCGGGACCAGCGCCGGCUGCUGCAGCAGGUGCAGGGCGCGGCGGCGGCGGACCGGGACGUGUCGUCGCCGCUGGCCCGACCGCCGCCCAAGAACAUCAAGAACGUGACCAGGACGCUGUCCAUGGGGGGGAACGCCGGCGGCGGCGGAGGUGGCAGCGCCAGGAAGGCGGCAGCGCCGGCGUCGUCCAGGCCCGGCACGCCCAGCUUCCUCAAGUCGCCCAUGUCGGCGCGCCGCGGUGGGAGCGACGAGGGCCAGAUGCUGUCGUCGGACUCCUUCGAGUGAUUUGAAUUUUUUUUGGUUGUAGUCAGCAAAGCUGGGAUGCCCAUGAUUCUCUUCUCCUUCUGCAACGCCCAAAAUUUGGAUGGAUCCUCCGUUGAAUUGAAACAUUUUGUUGUAAAAGUUCUCUCAUUUAGGCCCUGUUUAGAUUGGAGAUGAAAAUUUUUUGGGUGUCA